GUUUCUUCUCUCCGCCUUAUGGCAGCCUUUCUGCUUCCUCCCGGCAUUACCAGUGAUAAGAUAUUCGAUAGUGAAGGUGGAGAUCUGGUCGAGCUGAUUGAAGUGUCGAGCGAUAAUUCUUACCUUCGACGAACUGCCGUUACCGACAGGCUUUGUCAAGAUUACAUCGAAAAGGAUUUCGAUGUUCACAGCACUACCUCGCAUGCUACCACAAAUCCCACAUCGGAACACUUGAAGCUAUUCUUCUCCAUUCGGCAAGGAAAAUAUGACGGUGCGAUGGUCCCAAUACCGAUCUCCUCCAACAUGUUCAAGAGGAUUGCGCCAUAUGCCCGGAUUCCUAGGAUUUACCUGGAGUCACUCGCCCGCAAAACCGCAAUCCAGAUUCAAUCGACACCACAACUUCCUCCUGACUUUUUGAAAUGGUCGCCUGAGAUGAUCGGUGAAGCGUAUCUAAGCUUUAUCAUUCAACCCACCCCUGCACAGAACCGUGCAUGCAUCGGCUGCUCCUUCACAUAUCACUUCAAGAGCCGCCACAUGUACGCUUUCAUGCAUGGCCUCAAUAGCCCCAGUAUUGAGGAAUUCGUUAGAGAGCUCCAGGAUAUAGGAAUAGCCGAGACAUAUUUCCUCAUACCUAGCCUCAUCAUACAUCGCAAUCUUGAGCACUGUUUGAGCUCCUUGAAUAUCUGGCACGAUGCAAUAUACGAUUUUGAGAAGAUUCUCGGGGUUAGAACUGAUCACCGCCAUUCUGCAGACCCCAAGAUGAUUGAUUUCACGAGAAUAUCUCAACAGUUGAAUGACGCUACCACUAACAUGGCGUUCUUCGCUUGGCAAUUUAAGAGCAAUGAGAGAUUACUAGAAUUCUUAGACUCGAUAGCAAGGAAGUACGAGAACCUAGCUGUAAAAAAUGGAUAUUCGGCAAAGGAGGCCGAAUCCACGAAAAACAUCCUUCUAGAGACCCAUGAAUAUAUUCGCGUCUGGAAUGCAGGGCUUGCAGAUCGAGUUGAUUACUUAUCGAAGAGGGCACAAGCACUUGUGCAGACGGUCUACAGCAGUAUCGCGCAACGAGACUCUGCCAACAGUCUCAGCCUCGCGACAACGAGCACCAAGCUCGCUGAAACAUCGCAGGGUGUCGCGAUAGCCACAUCGCGUGACAGCGCAGUGAUGCGAAUCAUCGCUGCCAUUACCAUCUUCUUUCUUCCUGCAACAUUCACUGCAACUUUCUUCAGUACAUCAUUCUUCGACUUCCACGUUGGCCGUAGCCAGCCAGUAUACUCCUGGUGGCUUUGGCUAUAUUUCCUUGUUACUCUGAUAUUGACUGCUAUAACCAUGGUUGGCACAUGGGCGCUGUGGAAGAACAAGGAGAACGAGAUCGCGAGGCAGUUUCCCAAAACCAAGGGUUGAACGAUUCAUAACUCUGCUCUAGAACUUUCCGCCUUCGCCUAGUUCAAAGGGAAUUCCAGCAAGCUUCUCCUUGGAAUGGUGACCAUGUGGGUAGUAGUGAAGUUGUAGCUUGCCCCUGGUUUAUUAGGCGUUUGUGAUCUGCCUUGGCGGUAAUAGACCUACUACCGAUUUCUCUUUAAUUGUUUCCAAAUUGCAGCUGGCGCUUGAUUGAAUCAUUAGCGCAGGCUGACUUUACGACAAUUGGGGUUCUUUCAAGCCGCAUGUUUUUCUUGGGUUUUCAGUCAAACCGGGCAAGCAAGUGUCUGAU